AUGGUUGAUGAAUCAGAUGACUCGAUUCCUGCGAACAUUACGCCUCCAAUUUACGUGACUCCACGUGUUUUACGCAACUCACCACUCUCGACAAAACGAGAAAAACAAAAAUCAACACCAUUAUUUCGUCGACCGGCCCCAAAAGUUGCAAAAACUGCGCCGCCAAUGCGAAGUCUUCAUUCACAAUUUCAAAUUCGUCAACCAAGAAUAAUUACUCCAUCCGGAGCAACAGAACCCCUUCAUAGUCCAAUUUAUAACAAAGAGAAACAUUUAACAUAUUUCGAACAAUGUUUCAAAAUCUCAUCAAUUAUUGGAAAAGGAUCAUUUGGCGAAGUUUUCGCUGUCAAAUCAAUGGAAGAUAGUCGAAAUUAUGCUAUUAAAGUGUCAAUUCAAGUUAUUCGACAAAAUUGUGCUAGCAAAUAUCGAGAGGUUGAGAAUCAUAUGAGAUUACCAAAACAUUCAAAUUUGGUCGAAUUUGUGAAAGCUUGGGAAGAAGGCGGAAGAUUGUAUAUUCAACAAGAAUUAUGCGAGAAAAGCUUAUUGCAAUUAUGUAUGGAAAGACAUGCAUUGCCAGAGGAAAUGAUUUGGAAUAUUCUUAUUGAUUUAUUGAAAGCUGUUGAUCAUUUACAUAUGAAUGAUAUGAUACAUGAUGAUAUUAAACCAGACAACAUCUUUUUGACAUCAAAAGGUGUUUGUAAAUUGGGAGAUUUUGGGCUAGUUAUCAAUUUGAAGAAUGUAAGUUUUUCUUUUUUUUUCGUCCUUCUGAAAAUACAUUUCCAGACUUCCAUAUAAAACCUUUGUAUUUUUUCAGAAAAAUGACGUGGCAUCUGCUGAAGAAGGCGAUAGUAAAUAUCUUGCACCAGAAGUUCUCAAUGGAGCACCAAGCAAAGCCAGUGACAUUUUCAGUCUAGGAGUUACAAUUCUCGAAGCAGCCACUGAUUUAGAUAUUCCAUCAAAUGGUGAAAGUUGGCAUCAAAUUCGAAACGGCGAAAUUCCUGAUCGAUUUUUUGUUGGAAUUUCUGUCGAAUUGAGAUUCAUUAUUCAAUGGAUGUUAUCAUCAACUCCAUCAAUAAGACCAACAACAAAAGAAUUGUUGAAACAAAAUGGAAUUCGAAGAAGAAUUUGGAAAAGAACAUUAUAUGUUAAAUCAGUUGAAUUGGUAAGUUUUUCUUUUUUUUUCGAAAUUUUUCAAAAUAUAUUUUUUCUAGGCUCAUUCAAUUGCUGAUUGGUCAUUUGUUAUAACAACAUGGUUGAUGGCAUUAUUCUCUGUAGUUGUUUAUCCAGCUCUUUCUGCAAUAUGUGAUCGACGUGCUUCAAUAUGCGCUGAAACUGUUUCAAAACAACAUACACCCAUUCAAACACCUGAAACAUCUUCAUCUCGUCUUGGAUUCGCCAAAACUUUGGCUGCAUCAAAUAUCACACCAUUUGAUUAUUCAGACGAAGAAAACGUCUCAUUCCAAAGACGACUUUUCCCACUGAUUCCACGUUUCCAAAUGGAUGACGAUGAGGAUGAUGAGGAUGAAGAUACACGAAAUGAUAAUGAAUUGCCAACAAGUUCAUCGAAUUCAUCAACAAUUGAUUCAUUCACAACAAGUUCGCCGAUUUUGCGAGAAAGUCCAAUUAGAAGAUCAUUAAGAUUCCGAUCAGAAACACCACCGAGUGCAAGAAGAAUUCGAGAAAAUAAUCAUCGAGGAAGUGGCGAUUAUAAUAGUCAACAAAGAAGAAAAUAUGAAAGAAUGAGAAGAAUUGAGGCAUGUAUGGAUUCAGAUGAUAAUGAUGAACUUAUUAAUGCAGCUGCAGCAGAAAAUAUUAUGUUAGUUUUUUUGACGAAAACAUUUUUAAAAAACUUGGAGCUUCACCUUUUCCCCUUUUCACUUCAAUUUUUUUGUCAUAUUUCCAAUCAAUAUUUGUCUUAUUUUCAGGCCACAAUCUUGUCCACCAUUGCUUCGCAGUUGUCGAAAACUCAAUCUUCAACGAGCUCCAAAAUUGAACUUUAAUUUAUUAGACAAUAAUGAGAAUACAGGAAAUGACAAAAUUGAGAUUCAUCAUCAAAGACCAAAUAGAAAUGCAAAAGCGACUUCUUCAAACUCUUCUUCUUCGUCGGUUUUGGGACAAACUAGAACAUUGAGAUCAACAGCAGCCAGAAGAGGAGCAUUGGUAGGUUUACUUUUUUUUUAUUUGUGAAUUCUCAAAAAAAAUCCUUUUUGUUUCAGAUUGCCGAAGAUUCUUCAGCUGAUGAGUUUUGA